UGUGGAUGGCUGAAGACAGACAGACAGCGGUGGAGAGAGACAGAAGGAGACAGACAGACGCUCUUCUGGAGCGAGUGCACAACGUCCUCAACAACAUCCAGCUGAAGAAAGUGCAGAAGGAGCUGGACUGCGCAGUGACGCCCACAUCAGACUCCUCUCUGACUCUCGGGUCCAAAACAAGCCCGAUGCGCUCCAUCAGAACCAGCGUGAGGCCGUGUACGGCUCCGGCUCAGAAGCAGACGCUCAGUCCCAGCAGCUCUCUGAAGAGAGAGACCCUCCGCCUGCUCAACCAGCGCAUGGAGAAGCUGGCAUCUGACGAGUCCAGAGACGGCUCGGACCCAGAAUCCCCUGAUUCCAGCCUGACGGGCUCCUACGCACAGUUACCCAGCCCUCAGCCCAGAAACAUCUUCAUCUCCAGCCCCGUCAGCGAGUCUGAGCUCAGCACCACUGGAUCUAAAAACAAUGAGCAACCUUCAGCUUUCACGGCAUCUUCACCGCCCUCUUCUGCUGCGGAACGGAACUGCAGCGGUUCAGAGUUCAGUGAUAGACAGCUGUCAAUCAUUACCUCCACACCCAGCAGCUGGACAGGAAUGACCGGGUUAGAUGAAACGCAAGAUGUGAGCCAUGAGAAACCCCGGCGCUCACCCCCGGCGCCCCUCAACCGAUCCUAUGAUGUGGAAAACCCCUCGCCAUCUCUGAACAGACCACAGGUGGAUUCAGUCGGGCCGAACCCAAGCAGAUUAGAGACAGAAAGACACUCACAGCAGCUCCUGGAUGAACAGAUGAACCUCAAACAGCUCACUGGAGUGGAGCAGCAGAUUCAGGCUCUGGAAAUGUUGCAUGAGCGUUUAGAGAGAGAACAUGCUCCGCAGAUCUCGCAGGAGAGACAAACACAACACCUCCAGCAGGAGGUGUGUGUGGAGCAGAUGAAGCCUCUCUGUCGUCUUACUGCCGUGGCUCGAGGUUUUCUGACACGCAGACUCCUACAGACGGACAAAAUCACACACCUGCGCAAAACCAUACAGGACUCCAGGGAUCUCAUCCGCUCCUUCCAGACGGAUUCCCAGCUGAAGAGAGUCUCUGUCUCCCAUCAGGAUCUGUCCUUAUAUCAGCGCGUCACAGCUCAGCUGCGAUCAGCGCUGCAUGACGUCCAUCAGAUCUUCACUGUGUGGCCUGUGAGAGACAGACUGAGUCUACUGCAGCAGGACCGAGAGAUACGCAGAGAGAGGACACUCAGAGAGAUGGACAAAGACAGUCCUGGAAACACACGGAUUCUGUCCUCGGUCACUCAGAAGACACUGGACAGGAAGGCUCAGAGGCAAGCAAAGAAGACAAAGGUGAUUCCCAAGAGCUCAGCGGCGAGGAUCCUGCAGCCUCGUCUCAGUCACAACAGCGUCUGCUCCUCUCAGAGUGCGGUGAAGAAGAGAGACGAGUGUUUGGAAGCGAGACACAGGAAGUAUCUGUCUCUGGGAUGAAAACACACACAUGAAUGAUUACCGAUCAACAGCAGUGACAUGCAUGUUUCAUGAUGCGAGUGCCUUUAUGACUCAUAUCACUGUUCAUUGCUCGUCAGAUUUUGCAGUCGUUCACUAUUAUAUUAAUAAAUCUAUACAGUAAACUUCAUUACUGAUUAUGCACUGAAUACUAUUUAACUUUUUAUUUUAUUUCUAACACAAACAUUGCACAUUUAGAAAUGCAUAACUCUUUGUGGUUUGCUUGCACUGUACAGUGCAUACUAUGCAGUAAGAAGUACACUAGUAUUCUAAACUGAAGAAACAUGAGCCGCGUGCUGAUUCACGUGUGCAUAAAUGUGUUUGUCAGACUCGUUCAGAAACAACUCGUCAGUCUUCAGUCCAAACCUCAGCACACACACGCACACGUGAACAGUCAGCACCACAAAUAAAUAUAAUGAUCCCAAUAAUAUAAUAAACACAUUAUUAGAGGUUUCAGAGUUUGACUCACAGCAACCAAAACUGUUAAAUCCUUGGCGGACAUAACAGCGGGCAGGCUUGGAACGACAUGAAGUUUCCAAAGCAA